ACGACGCGUCGUAGGCUGCUUCCGCGAUAAGUUAGUACGUCCUCCUAAGAAUAUUCGCGAUGGCAGGACCACGCAGAAAUAAGUCUCACAAGGUUCCAGGUGUGAAACUGCGUCCAGCAUUGCCGAAGUCCAAACGGAAAGACUCUGGCUUUGAGGAUUCCCCUUCAUACUACGACCAGGACGAUGACAUCCAGAAUAGCUCUGAUCUUGACGCCUCAUAUGCUGGAGAUGUGUGUCCCAGACCGUUCAGAAGCGUUGUGCUCUGUGCCACUGGAAUUGCGGACAAGUUGACGUUAUUCAAACAAGCCCUCGAACUCGGCGCACAAUCAUUCAGCGACUUGACCGAUCGCGUUACCCAUCUUAUAGCUGAAGAGCACGGGAGUGCGAAAUACAAGUGCGCUUUGGAAACUGGGAUACCCAUCAUGCAUCCGUCAUGGAUAUUCGAAUCACAUAAGGUGUGGCUCCGAGGGGAUGACGUUGACUUUCAAGAGUCUCAGCGUAUUCACCGAUUACCUAUAUUCUCCAACGUCACGCUAGCUGUCACUGGAUUUGAAGACAUCCCCAAACGAACAGAGAUUCAUCGACUCGUCGUCCAACAUGGUGGAACCUACGUCAAGAACAUUGAGAGACCUGUUCGGGUCACACAUCUCCUCUGUUUCAACUCUCACAGAUCCGCUUCAGGGUCUGAUGCUGUGUCAGACGACCCUCCAUCGAGCUCUAUACAGACGGCUCAGGCGGAAGAGGAACUUGCCGCGCUCAGAGAAACCUCCGUUAAAGCACGAUACGCGGAAAAGUUCAACGCUCGCAAAGAGGCCAGUAUCCAGGUCAUUUGGGAAGAUUGGUUUUGGGAUUGUCUGGCAUGUGGAGGUAGGUGGGAUGAGGAAUUGUACAAAGUUGGUGUUGUUACGAAGGAAGAGGCUAAGAAAAGGAGCGAGGAGAGAGCAAGGAUAAGAGAGUCGCAAGCCGCGUCUAUGACUCAAGCGAACCAAGAUAUACCUAUUUCUGCAUCUGCGACAACUUCAAUCCAUCCACUCGCAGGCGAACCAGUUGCAGCACCCCACAAUGGUACCUUUGACGACCCAGAGCAUGAAGAAGAGGAGCCAGCAUCGAUCAAACGCAUCCCUGGCGCGAAACUUGCCCUCUGGGGAUCUCUACUCAAACCGAGAGGAUUCGUUGUGGAUGAAGGAAAACUUGUUCGAAGCCCUAGCAAAUCGCAGACUCAACGUCGGACUGAGGAUGGCGAAGAUUCGCCGACGAAAGGCAAGGUAGAGGGGAUGAAGAGUGUUGUUGAGAUGGUGAGCGUGAGUGGGGAUGGGGGGAAAAGUAAGCCUAGUCUACUUGCGACUCUCCAACGCUCUAGGUCCUUAGUCCCGAUUCCGAACAAAGUUGUCUCGUCUACCAUUCGAGGGUCGCAACUGCAGCAAGUACAUCCCCUCAAACGUGUUCUCACUAACGGCGGAUCCAUUCAUGCACAAUCCAACGUCCAAAUUCCAUCUGCAGGAGACGAGGCACACCGAAAUCUCGAAGCUCCUCCAUCAUCUUCUUAUGCUACCCCCCAGAUGCAGCAACCGCAGCCAGAAGCUGGUCCUUCAAACCACAGUGCCUCUCCCUCAAAACCCAAUUCCGUUCCGAAGCCGGCAGGUAUAUUCUCUAAUACGACAUUCCGCCUCCUCGGUGAAGCACGCUCAGUCAGUGUUCGAAGUGCCGUCGAAGGUGCCGGGGGAAAUAUAUUGAGUGUUCGGGAAGAGGAGGAUGGUCAUGGUGAUGUUGAUGAGAAUAUUGAUUUCGUGCUUGUCAGACUAUUCCGUACAGAGUGUUGGCUCGAGCGAUGUCUAUUCGAGGAGCGGAUAUGUCCCGGAGAAGAACAUAUGUCCUUUAGACCUUUGGAGAACAGGGAACCAAUUGAGGGUAUUGAACUCGUCAACUUGAGUUAUUCAGGGCUAGACCAAUCUGAAGCUUGUUGGCUCCGACGACUAGCUCGUGCACUGGGUCUCACUAUCGCACCCAACUUCUCUCGUCGAAGUACUCACCUGCUUUGUCCUUCACGCUCAGGCGCCAAGUUUGAGAAAGCUCAGGAAUGGGGAAUUCCUGUGGUGGGGAUGGAGUGGCUAGAGGAGAUGAUCCACUCAGGACGUGUUCCAGGUUUUCAUAUUGGAGACGAUAGUGGUUACAGACAGGGCGGGUUCGCUUCCAAAGGCAAGGGGAAGGCAAAUGGGAAGGGUAAGGAGAGGGCGACGGAUAUGAUGAUGGAUAUAACUAAUAAUGAACCAGCAGCAUCCGUGCCUCGACCGAAAUCCCCAGUUGCGAUACCAAUGGAAGUCGACGCUGCACCCGCCCGAGGCACUGCAGAUGAGUCCUUCGGCCCUCCCAACCAUCUUCUCUCCCCCCCUCAGUCUUCACCAAGUCCCCUGUCUCCACAACACCCGCCUUCACCGCAAGCCACUCCGCCACCCUCUAGCCCACCGAUCGGCGAACCUCAUUCAUCCUCUCCAAUACCAGCAACCCCUCCUCGUGCCAAUCGUCACUCUCAAUCUCAUCUUCCUCAGCCAACUCGGACUCAGCUCGAACUUCAACAUGAUCGAGAACAUACCCGGAUACCUUCUUCUGAGACACCCUCUCCUAUGAAGCCCCCCUCACCAAUACGACUGAGAAACGAUCUCGAUCGCGAAACCACUACUAUGCUGAAUGACAAGUUGACGACCCUCCUUGGAAAACGACAGGUGCCGGAUAAUGAAGGAGAUUCGGGAAGACUGACUACACCAGAAUUAGAGCCUAUGAGAGCGAAGCGUGCACGACCGCCUUCGCGAUCAAAGCUUGCUAUGGAUAGCUCUCGCAUAAACGUCAUCCCAAGUUCACCCGGCCAAGGCGACAUUUCAGUUGCCCUUACGUCUCCCAUGAAAUCUACUGCCAUCCCAGCCAUUGUAGGAGAGGCGAGCGCGGACGUCACAGUAGACUACGAGGAACCGUCUCAAUCUGGUGAACGAAACAAACUACUCCGGUUGCUUCAGAACCAAAACAAGGAAGUUUGGGAAGUGCCGGAUAAUGAUGAUGAUGACGCUUCCGUCAUUGUGGUAGAAGGACCUGUGCCCAAGAAGGCGCGGCCUGCGAGAAGAGGUGGGUCUGGCUCGAGUAGAGGUUCGAAGGCUCGACCGGCAGCGAAAAGAAGAAGCACCAGACUAUCUGGUUUCUAGGUUUGCUUGAGAUUGUUUGCACAUUCAUCUCAUAUAGUUUGCAUAACUAGCAUAUGCUUAGAAUACGGAUGUAUGCUACAGCUACUAUUUUACUAUGUUACACAUGUACUUGUCUGGUUGGGUUUGACUCCUCAGAAUCUGACGGAUCCCGCUCUCAGUGUCCAUUGCAGUUGGACUAUACGUACAUUGCCCCAUUUAAACCAUUCAUGACAGACGUUACUUACAUGUCUCCAUUUCUUACCAACCAUGAUAUUAGGUCGUGAUUGCGAAUGAAAAACAUCUUAGAUGUCGGGCGAUGAGUAGUUGGAAAAGGGUCAAUAGCCUGAAGUUCCAGAAAAUAAGAGUCUUGGUAUAAAUCCCCAAAAUACAAUGUCUACAUCCAA